UUCAAAGAACCCAGUGUUAGUAGGAGGAACCCGCAGGAGUCUGAGCUCAGAGCUGAUCCACGCUAGAACUUCAUCAGCUUCAGGCAUGGCGCCGGACGUGGAGAGGAUCAUCCAGAGCAUCGGCCUUGGAGACCAGGACGCCGUCCAGCUCCUGCUGGACAACUACAACACCCAGCAUGCAGAAUGCUUCUUCUUCAACACUGAGGCGCAGGAGAGGAAAAAGCAACAAAGACUGGAAGAGUUCAGGAAGAACAAGAUAAGGGACUGCGCUCCUGACUCGGAUUCAGACAUGGACUCGGACGAUGAGAAGCCGGACCUUCUUCUCAGAGAGGAUCUGGCUGCAGCCCUGCUGUGCUUCGUCAGUGGUCAGCUGCAGCCUGGAGUGUUACGGGCUUGUCUUCACACUCUGCGGAUCCUGUCCCGUGAUCGCAGAGCCCUCGGGCCGAUGGUCACGGAUAGUGCACUUUUCACUUUGGCACAUCUGGGAGGAAUUGAUCUACUGCAGCCCUGCCAGCAGCAGGACGGGAUGACCGAAGCUCAGCGGGACAGAACACAGAGAAGUGACUGUCAGGGAUCAACAGAUGCUGAUGAGAGGUGUGACGUUUCCUUUUCCGAUCCCAACAAAGAGGCUAGUGGUUUGGAUACAAACGACUGCUAUGGUCACCGCCUUAAACAGCGAGAAAACGAGGGCCCCCUGGUGCUCGCUCCUGGGAAGAAAGACGCCCGGGAAGAGGAGAGCCAGGAAGAAAGGAAGGAGGAUGAUUGGGAUGUGUGCAGGAAGGAGGCCAUGAAAGUCCUAUGUAACAUCAUUUACAACAGCCCCCGGGCUCAAGAGAGAGCCAGCGCACUCAGGCUGCUGCAGGGAUUAUGGGAGAGUCUGAAGCAGGGGAUGUGGAGUAGGGCGCCCCCAACAGGCCAGUUCUACAAGCUGAGGCUGCUCUUCCUACUAACAGCCCUGAGGCCUGAGCUCAGGCUGCAGCUGCAGCAGGAGCGCGGGGUGUUGGUUCUGACCCAAGCCUUGGAGCAAUGCCUGGCGUUGAGGUGGUCUGAAGGACAUCAGCUGGUCACUGACGGCAAAGCCCCGCCCAUUUCCCAGGAGGUGUCCCAGGAUGUCAUCGAGAUCCUCAAGACCAUCUUCAACAUCGCUCACAGGUUCUACCGGCAGGAGCCGGAUGAGGAGGAGGCGGCUCUGUAUCGCCACCUAGCAGCCGUCCUACGCUACUGUUUGCUGCUGUCGUGCGAUGGACCCGACACACGGGAGGAGCUGCAAGGGCACACGGUGAACAUCCUGUCAGCUCUGCCCCUCACCUGUCUGGACGUCCUACUGGCCGUCCCUGUGGACCAGGCAUCCCAUAAACAUGAAGGGAUCAACAUGGACUGUGUCCACGCGCUGCUGCUCUUCAUGGACAGACGGCUGAACAGGGGUCUGAAGCUGAAGGAGAAGCUAACUCCUGUCCUGAGUUUACUGACAGAAAGCUCUCGGGUUCACAGGGAAACUCGUCACUACUUACGACAAAAGAUUCUGCCUCCUCUGAGGGACGUGGCAGUCCGUCCCGAGCAGGACAAUACGCUGAGAGGCCAGCUGGUCCGCCUGAUGACCCACGUUGACACGGAUGUAAAGGACUGUGCUGCUGAGCUGCUGUUUGUCCUCUGCAAAGAAAACGGUACAGUCCCACUUCUACAGCCCUGGGAGCUCCAAGACCAAAUCAUUCAGCCGAUGGGGGUGACAGCAGAUGGCAGACUGGCUCCUCUGUGGGGCCAAAUGAGAGGCUGCACAGAGGAGCUGGAGGAAGAGGAGGAAGAGGAGGAG